AUGACAAAUAAAAGGCCUGUAGCUAAAAAGUGUUGUGUUUAUAAUUGCAACAGCAAAUCGACUAGUGAGAAUAUUAAUUUGUAUCAUUUCCCAACUGAUAAUAAGUUAUUUCCCCAUAAAGUGGCUCAUAAAGUAGAAGAGGAUAUUCUAUUACCAGCAUUUAUUUGCAGUCGAAUGCCUUCCUACAAUAAUCAAAUAAAUAAGUGGGAUGCAGAGACUUAUACUGCAGCACCUAAUUCAUCGAUAAAAAAAUGUCAACUUAAUGAAUUACCAAUAAAAAGUGACAUUGGUGGAUUCAAGGGUUAUGAUUGCAUCAAGGAUAACAAUGAGAAGAUGCUCCAAGUAUGUGGCAUUAACUCAAAGACAUUUCAGUUAUUGUUGAAAGUCUUAUCAAGAGAUUAUUCCACUGAAAAAAAAAGUAUCAGCAUUGAAAAUAGAUUAGUAAUAUUUCUACUAAAGAUGAAAACUGGAUUGUCAUUUAGCGUAAUUGGUGUCUUCUUUGGCGUACACAGAACUACAAUAUCCAAAAUUUUCUAUGUCACAUUAAGUUAUCUAGCAGCAGCCUGUAAAGAAUUUGUUCCCUGGCCAUCUCAAGAAGAGGUACGAGGAACUACACCAGACUGUUUUAAGCCUAAUUAUAGUAACUUCAGAAUUAUCAUAGAUGCCACAGAAUUUAGGAUGGAAGAGCCACCUCGCACCGAUGAACAAAUACAAUCUUGGUCUUCGUAUAAAGGUGGAUACAGAAUUAAAGUUGUCGUAGGAUGUUCACCUGCUGGAUUAGUUACUUUUGUGAGUUGUGCAUAUGGUGGUCGAGCAAGUGAUGUGCAAAUAACUGCUGGUUCUGAAUUGUUAAAAUUGUUAGAAAGUGGAGAUACCAUAUUGGCUGAUAAGGGAUUUCCCAGUAUACAAUCCAAGCUAAUGGAAAAUGGAAAAAAUGUUUUAGUUGUCAUGCCCCCAUUCGUUGAAAACCACCAUCUUACAGGAGAACAACGAGAAGAGCAACGUCACAUUGCAAGAGUGAGGAUACACAUUGAACGAAUAAUGCAGAGACUAAGAAUUUACAAAAUAUUAGACAUGAUUUCAAUUAAGAUGCUUCCAUACAUUGAUGAAAUCAUCUUCAUGUGUUGUGUUUUAGUAAAUUUACAGCCAACUAUCAUAAAAUAA